CUGUUCUUCCUGCAGGGAGGAGGAGGCUCUCCGUUUUCCCUCAGACUCUUCUGUGUGAGCAGGGCUGCUGCUGAAGAAAGGAGCAACCAUGGCACCUGUGAGCAGGAACAGAGUGUUUGUCAUCGGCGUGGGCAUGACGAAGUUCGACAAGCCUGGAGCCAGAGAUGACUAUGACUACCCUGAUAUGGCCAAAGAAGCAGGUGAAAAAGCUCUAACAGAUGCGGGGAUCCCGUAUUCAGCCAUUGAACAAGCCUGUGUAGGGUAUGUUUAUGGGGACUCCACAUGUGGCCAGAGAGCUAUUUACCACAGCUUGGGUCUGACUGGAAUCCCCAUUAUCAAUGUGAACAACAACUGCUCCACUGGCUCCACUGCUCUCUUCAUGGCCCGCCAGCUGAUUCAGGGAGGCCUUGCUGACUGUGUUCUCGCCCUUGGUUUUGAAAAGAUGGAAAGGGGCUCCUUGACCUCUAAGUACAUGGAUAGAACCAAUCCAAUGGACAAGCACAUGGAGGUGAUGAUCAACCGUUACGGGAUGGCGGCAGCGCCAGGAGCACCACAGAUGUUUGGCAACGCUGGCAGGGAGCAUAUGGAGAAAUAUGGCACAAAACCAGAACACUUCGCUAAGAUUGCCUGGAAAAACCACAAGCAUUCAACCAAUAACCCCUAUUCCCAAUUCCAGGAUGAGUACAGUUUGGAGCAGGUGAUGAAAUCCCGGAAGGUGUUUGACUUUCUGACACUUCUGCAGUGCUGCCCAACUUCAGAUGGCGCUGGAGCAGCGGUUUUGGCCAGUGAGGCCUUUGUUAGGAAGCACCAUCUUGAAAACCAGGCGGUGGAGAUUGUGGCUCAGGAGAUGGCGACUGACUUUCCUUCCACGUUCAGUGAAAACAGCUGCAUUAAGAUGGUGGGAUACGACAUGUCUCGGCUGGCGGCUAAGAAGUGCUUUGAGGCUGCGGGACUAAAGCCAAGCGAUGUUGACGUGGUCGAGCUGCACGACUGCUUCUCAGCCAAUGAGCUCAUCACCUAUGAGGCUUUGGGCUUGUGUGAAGAGGGUAAAGCAGGAGAACUGGUUGACAGAGGGGACAACACAUAUGGAGGCAAGUUUGUGAUCAACCCCAGCGGUGGUCUCAUCUCUAAAGGACACCCUCUCGGCGCCACAGGUCUGGCCCAGUGUGCAGAGCUGUGCUGGCAGCUGCGAGGACAGGCUGGCAGGAGGCAGGUCCCCGGAGCCAAAGUGGCUCUGCAGCACAACAUCGGCCUGGGGGGAGCCGCCGUCGUCGCACUUUACAAGAUGGGUUUCCCACAAGAGUCCAGGUUGGUCACGGGUUCAGCGGCUAACAGCUCAGGCAGCAGUGGUCUGGAAGCGUUUAAAGCUUACCCCGUCUUCAGAGAGAUCCAGAACCAUCUACUGCAGGAAGGCGAGAAGCUCGUGAAGAAGGUCGGAGGGGUGUUUGCUUUCAAGGUGAAGGACGGCCCUGACGGGAAAGAGGCGACCUGGGUGGUGGACGUGAAAAACGGCAACGGGUCUGUCACAAAUGACCCAGGCAAAACGGCAGACUGCACGUUGUCCAUUGCUGACGAGGAUCUACUGGAUCUGAUGACGGGAAAGCUGAACCCACAAACGGCGUUCUUCAAAGGGAAGCUGAAGAUCACUGGGAACAUGGGCAUGGCCAUGAAGCUGCAGAACCUCCAGGUGACGCCAGUCAAAGCCAGGUUGUGAGGCGUUGGAAGAGCUCUUUGUUCAGCCCUGAUAAUUACAACUAGGUUCAUGUUGAAUUAGCUGAAAACUGAAUUAAUGGCUUUGAUUAUGUGCUCAGCUCACUGAAGCUGCUCCCACGUGUGUUUUUUCCUAUUAAUUAGCAAACAGAGCUGUUAUUAAUGCUGCCUGUCCUGCAGAAAUGAUCAAAUGUCAGAGUGGAUUACACACCACAACAUGUCUCUACUGAUCUUGUAGUUAGAAAAGCUUUAAUUUGUCUGUGAAAUUAAGCAAUUCUAGGCUGGGCUUGACCUCGACUUUUUGAUACAUAAUUAUUCUAAGAAUGUGAAAAUAAAAGCUCUAACGUUUGUAAAAUAAAAUGUUUAACUCUC